AUGGUUGGAUUGAUUAAAGCUGUGGCUUCUAUCUUGGUUAUUGACUCUGGUUCAUUGCUUGCAAAUGCAAGACCAAUAGUCUUGAAACCAAGAAGCACGAAUAAUUCGGAGACUUUCAGUAUUAAAGCUCCGCUUGUGCUUCAGACAUCUAGUGGAAUUGUUCAUGGUGCCAUCAACGAAAGCGUCCCCUUAACCAGAAACUUUCUGGGUAUUCCGUGCGCACAAUCAACAUUCGGUGAGAAUCGUUUUCGAAAAGCACAACCACUUCCUGCGUCCGCAGCGCAACAAAUCAUCCACGCCGAUGCAUUCAACCUCAACUACCCCCAGUAUGAAGCAACCCCUGCAUCUGUCUACACUGACGUGAGACGUGAAUAUUUCAUCCAAAGUGCCAACGGAGAUGGUUGUUUAAGCGUCAGUGUUUGGGCACCAUUGUACCCGACCAAGGACAAAGUCCCUGUGAUCGUUUGGAUUUAUGGAGGUGGUCAGACCACAGGUGGUUCAUCUGUACCUUACCAAAAUCCACAACGAUGGGUCCAGCGUACUCAAUCGCAUAUUGUCGUCUCAUUGCAAUACAGGCUGAACUUUUUCGCCGCCCUCGAAUGGAUUCGAGACAAUAUCGCCGCUUUCGGUGGUGAUCCUUCGAGCAUGGUACUUUGGGGUCAAUCAGCUGGUGCUACUCUGACUGGAGCUCCCAGCACUGGCUGGCCAGAUGAUCCAAUUGUCACUGGAUUUAUCCAAGAUUCCGGUGCUGUCGAGGGCCAGGGUGUCCAUACCGUUUAUACUGAUACCACUCACUCGAACUUUACCUUUUUGGCAAAUGAGCUUGGAUGCACUGGUAGUACCACAAGUCAGGUUGAGUGUAUGAGCACUUAUCCACAAGCUGAUAUCGAGGCGUUUAUCCAAUAUUGGACUGAUGCUGGCAAGACGCCUGCGUUGAUUGAUGGAGCUUCCACCGCUGCACUCUCCUCCGGUCCUCCUAACAUCGAGGGGCCAACACCCGAAAAGGAAUUAGCGGCUACGUUACACGUUCGUUGCGGCGUCGUAGCCGAAGCGCAAAUCCGACAAUCUCUCAACGCAACAACCUACCGCUUUGAAUAUUCCGACAACUUUAGUAAUCUCUCACCACUCCCCUUCAUGGGAGCGUAUCAUUCCAGUGGACUGCCCAUGAGUUUUGGAACAUAUGCUGAUGUUGGUGGAGACGGAACCCGAUUCCAGAAGAAUACUAGUGAGGCAAUGCAAGAUCUUUGCUUGACGUUCGCAAGGGAUCCCGAGAAUGGAUUGAGCAACGCGGGGUGGCCUAAAUAUGAAGAGGGCAGCGUGGAGGUACUGGGAGGUGAGCAAAACGGCACCCAAGUUACACAUUAUGCGACGCCAAAGGCGGGGAUCGAGGACGCUUGUCUUACUUAUACUUGA